AAGAUAUUAAAGUAACGAGGUUCUCUGUAUAAACCGGACGUUAGCGCAUCCUGUGAGUUGCGCAACAGUCGCGAGGUCAGCAGCAUUGCAACUUUUUGGCGCCAAGUGAGUGCAAGGCGCUAUAUAUUCCACUUCCAAGUGAAUCGCUUUGUAAAAUUAUGCCGCCAAGGAAAGCAACAAAACGAUCAGCACUGACUACCCCGAAGGGUCCAAGAGAGCCGAAACAGAUCAGGAAGAAACAAGAAUUGAUUGUGAAACCUGACUUCCGACAAAUUCCGAGCGGCGGCGUGAUAUUGGUAUUUGGACAAGGUGAUGUAGGACAACUUGGUUUAGGAGAAAAUGUUGUUGAAAAGACACGUCCAGCAACUGUUCCUGGGUACCAAGAUAUUGUUGCUAUAGCAGCUGGUGGUAUGCACAAUGUCUGUUUAAGAGAAACAGGAGAAGUAUUAACAUUUGGGUGCAACGAUGAAGGAGCAUUGGGACGGGAUACUUCUAAAGAUGGUUCUGAAAGUGAACCAGGCUCCGUCAGUCUACCUUCCAAAGCUGUUCAGGUGACGGCUGGGGAUUCCCAUAGUGCGGCUUUACUGGAAGAUGGACGGGUGUUUGCAUGGGGCUCCUUCAGGGAUUCUCAUGGCACUAUGGGUCUAACUUUGAAAGGAAACGAACGAUUUCCGAUAGAAAUACUGCCUAAUGUAAGAAUAGUAAAAAUAGCAUCCGGUGCUGAUCACUUAGUAUUACUUAAUGAAAAUGGGCAUGUGUAUACAUGUGGAUGUGCAGAACAAGGUCAACUAGGACGCUUAGGUGCUAGAGCAGCUAGUAGAAAUACCCGUCACGGCAUGGGUCCUUUGUUAACUCCAGCUUUAGUUGAAUUUAAAGUUACUAAAAAAUUAGAGUUCGCUGAUAUAUGGGCUGGAACAUAUUGUACAUUUGCUAAAGAAUAUCAAAAAGGAGAUAUAUAUGUAUUUGGUUUAAAUAAUUAUUAUCAAAUUGGUUUAAAAGAUCCUGUUACUCAUUUUCACCCCCAAAUUUCCAAAACUUUUAGUGGAAAGGUUUGGAAACACAUUAGUAGUGGCCAGCAUCAUACUAUAGCUCUAGAUGAUUCUGGCCAGGUAUUUGUUUUGGGUCGUAAAGAAUACGGUCGCCUUGGACUUGGUCCUAACUGUUCAGAUGCAAAAGAGUUAACGCCAGUUCCUGCUUUAAGUUCCAUUAAAUGCGUUGACGUUGGGGCGGGAAGUGCUCAAUCUUUUGCUGUUACUGAAUCAGGGGAUUUGUACUCGUGGGGUAUGGGUUCGAGCGGCCAGUUGGGAACAGGAGAAGAAGAAGAUUCUGAAAAACCUGUGUUAGUUAAAGGAAAACAGUUAGAUGGUAAAACGAUAGUACGAGUUUCAGGUGGAGGACAGCAUACAUUAACGUUAGCGACAACGUCCCCCGUUAAAAAAAAAACUGCCGGUUAAUGGCAACUUGUUUAUUAAAUUUAAAGUGUUUCGCGCAUGUGAUAGCAAUUUGGACAACGAAAUGAAGAAAAUCUAACGAAAUUGAACUUUCUUGCACAAAAAUCAUGGUUGAGAAGAAAGUGUAAUGAAUACAUUUUUUAUGAAGUAUCGUAAUUUCGAUAGUAACACGCGAUACUUAAAUGUGUGUAUAAUUUUUCUUUCUAUUGUUAUUUUUUCUACUUAUAAUUGUGUAUUACAAUAAAAUACAUUUUUCUACUUGAGAAUUA